GUGUGUGUGUGUCUGUGUGUUUGUGUGUGUGUGUCUGUGUGUCUGCACAAAGUGUGUGUUGAGGUUUGGUGAAAGAAUCACUGCUGAAAAAGGCAGAGGCCUCCACAAUUCACAGGGACCUGAAACACAGACAAAAGGAAAAACAGAAGGAGGGACAAGGAGGCAGGACUGAGAGAGGAGGGGACAGAGAGGUGUCCUGGGCCUGACCCCACCCACGAGCCUGAGAAGUGCUCCUGCCCUGGGAAGAGGCUCAGCGCAGAAGGAGGAAGGACAGCACAGCUGACAGCCCUGCUCAGGAAGUUUCUGGAUCCUAGGCUCAUCUCCACAGAGGAGAACACACAGACAGCAGAGACCAUGGGACCCCACUCAGCCCCUCCCUGCACUCAGCGCAUCACCUGGAAGGGGCUCCUGCUCACAGCAUCACUUUUAAACUUCUGGAACCUGCCUACCACUGCCCAAGUAAUGAUUGAAGCCCAGCCACCCAAAGUUUCCGAGGGGAAGGAUGUUCUUCUACUUGUCCACAAUUUGCCCCAGAAUCUUACUGGCUACAUCUGGUACAAAGGGCAAAUAAGGGACCUCUACCAUUACAUUACAUCAUACGUAGUAGACGGUCAAAUAAUUAUAUAUGGGCCUGCCUACAGUGGACGAGAAACAGUAUAUUCCAAUGCAUCCCUGCUGAUCCAGAAUGUCACCCACGAGGAUGCAGGAUCCUACACCUUACACAUCAUAAAGCGAGGCGAUGGGACUGGAGGAGUAACUGGAUAUUUCACCGUCACCUUAUACUCGGAGACUCCCAAGCCCUCCAUCUCCAGCAGCAACUUAAACCCCAGGGAGGUCAUGGAGGCUGUGCGCUUAAUCUGUGAUCCUGAGACUCCGGAUGCAAGCUACCUGUGGUUACUGAAUGGUCAGAACCUCCCUAGGACUCACAGGUUGCAGCUGUCCAAAACCAACAGGACCCUCUAUAUAUUUGGUGUCACAAAGUAUAUUGCAGGACCCUAUGAAUGUGAAAUACGGAACCCAGUGAGUGCCAGCCGCAGUGACCCAGUCACCCUGAAUCUCCUCCCGAAGCUGCCCAUGCCCUACAUCACCAUCAACAACUUAAACCCCAGGGAGAAGAAGGAUGUGUUAGCCUUCACCUGUGAACCUAAGAGUCGGAACUACACCUACAUUUGGUGGCUAAAUGGUCAGAGCCUCCCGGUCAGUCCCAGGGUAAAGCGACCCAUUGAAAACAGGAUCCUCAUUCUACCCAGUGUCACGAGAAAUGAAACAGGACCCUAUCAAUGUGAAAUACGGGACCGAUAUGGUGGCAUCCGCAGUAACCCAGUCACCCUGAAUGUCCUCUAUGGUCCAGACCUCCCCAGAAUUUACCCUUCAUUCACCUAUUACCGUUCAGGAGAAAACCUCGACUUGUCCUGUUUUGCGGACUCUAACCCACCAGCAGAGUAUUCUUGGACAAUUAAUGGGAAGUUUCAGCAAUCAGGACAAAAGCUCUUUAUCCCCCAGGUUACUACAAAUCAUAGCGGGCUCUAUGCUUGCUCUGUUCGUAACUCAGCCACUGGCAAGGAAAUCUCCAAAACCAUGAUAGUCAAAGUCUCUGAGACAGCAUCUCCCCAGGUUACCUAUGCUGGUCCACACACCUGGUCUCAAGAAAUCCUUCUGCUGUGA